AGCGUGCCGAGUGUGCGAGACGUUACCGAGGGAAGAUGGUGGAAUUCGGAGCAGCAACGUGCACGAUACUCCGUCCCAAACAUUUCUUAAAACAUUUACCAUCACAACCUGGCAUUAGAUAUCGGUUACCCGGGGACAAUCAUAGAUAAUACGUCUCAAAAACUCAGACAGGAACCGAAGUUUUUUGAUUUCGGAGCGAGGUGCACCUUACAUUUGCUGGGCUUGAAACGUGGGGCCAAGCUGUCCAGUGUUUCUCGGCGGAGAUUGUUGACAAACAUAAUCCUGACUACAGACUGUUGAUCUUUAUAAUUAGCCUCUUUUGGGCAUUGGUGUUUUGGAGCUGUUGUUAAAGGCGUGUAGACUUUCAACAUGCCACGAAGCAAGAAAGGGAAGCGCGGCGGUACUGGUUCGAGUAAGGGUUCACUUCGACAAGAAGUGCUUCAGCUGCAGUUGUCAAAGACUGCCCUCCGUCCAGGGAGAAAUGGGGUGAAAGGCGAGUCUGGUGUGAGCGAUGAUGAUGUAGCAUCUGAUGUGCUCAGUUGCUACAGCAGCACCAGUGAAAAUGCAUCAAUCCAGGAGGAGGGCACAGGGGAGGUGGUGGAUGAACAAACUGCUCAGGAGGAAACCGAGGACAAACUUAAGCAAUGCAUCGACAAUCUGAUGGACAAAAGUGCUAAAACCCGUAUGGCUGGCUUAGAAAGUCUUCGCUUGGCGUUUUCAUCCAAAGUCCUAUACGACUUUCUGUUGGAGAGACGUUUGACCAUCAGUGACUGUCUGGAAAGGAGUCUGAGGAAAGGUGGAGGAGAGGAGCAGGCCGCUGCUGCUACAGUUUGUGCCCUCCUUUGUAUUCAACUUGGGGGUGGAGUCGAAGGUGAGGAGGGCUUCAAGAUUCUUCGCCCCAUCCUCAGCUCCAUCCUAAUUGACAGUUGUGCCAGCCUGUCAGCACGACAGAGUUGUGCUCGAGCUCUGGGUAUGUGCUGCUAUGUGUCAGCCUCAGAUGAUGCAGAGGAUCUAUUAAAAUCUAUUGGAAAUUUAGAGAGUGUCUUUGUGGGAGCAUAUCCUCUGGGUGAUGGCACGCUGCCCCCUGUUAAAGCUGGAACCCCUGCACUCCACAGCGCCGCCCUGCAGUCCUGGGCACUGCUCUGCACCCUCUGCCCUGCAUCCCGCAUUGACAGCAUUCUCAGCCAUCACUUGCCACGUCUGCAUGCGUGUUUGGAGAGCAGUGAUGUGAACUUUAGGAUUGCUUUGGGGGAGACCAUCGCUCUAUUGUAUGAACUUGGACGUGAUAUUGAUCAGGAGUUUGAGUAUGAGAAAAGUGAGGCGUUGUGUGACAGUCUGAAGAGUCUAGCGACUGAUGGAAAUAAACAUCGUGCUAAAAAUGACCGCAGGAAACAACGGUCCAUCUUCAGAGAGGUGCUGCAGUACAUUGAGACUGAUGAUUUUACAGAGGAAAAGAUCCAGUUUGGGAUUGAGACCAUCUAUAUUGAUGGCUGGAUGCGCCGCAGGAUUUAUUAUGCCUUUAAGGAGGUGCUUGAGUCUGGAGUCAGACACCAACUACAGUUUAAUCCACUGCUGAGGGAUAUUUUUGGGCUUGGACCUCCUCUCAUCCUGGAUGCCACUGUCAAAGCUACCAAGAUCUCCCGCACAGAGAGGCAUUUAUUUAACUCGGCUGCAUUCAAAGCCCGGACUAAACUAAGGAACAAAGUGAGGGACAAACGUGCCGAUGUGAUGUGAUGAUGAAGAGAGGAACACUACAUCCUUAAAACCUUCUCAGUUCACUUGAAAUUACAGAUUGACAAACUGCCAAGCCAGAGACUUGACAAUGAAAGUGUGUGAUCGACUGUGUGUUUGUGUGAGAGUGUGAAAGACUGGGAGUGUGCACAUGUAUGUGUUUUAUUUAACAUCACAGCGUCUGAAACCUAGGAAUCCAACAAUUAAAGAAACAUAAAAUAUUGUGUCUUUAUAACAGUCUUGUGUGGCUGUAUUCAGCUUCUCUGUUUAAACAUUUUACCUCCUUAAUUAUGAAGUGUUUUUGGUGAUAAAAGAUUUUAUUACACAAAUACAACAACUUUUUACAAUUCUGCAGCAAAGAAAGAGGAGUCCUUUAUAGUUUUCUUAUAUGCAUUUUAUAAAUGAACUAUGAUGCACCUAUGAUAUCAACAAACAAACAAGCAAACAAAUGAAAAGACAUAUUUUAUUGCAGAAUGCCAGAGUGUGUGCGAACAAUUUUGUUACAUUUCUGUCACUGCCAUUCAAUCCAGCCAUCAUUUGCAUUGUAACUCUGCUGCUAAUAAAGUGUGUUUGUACUA